AUGGCAAAGAAAACUAAAGAUGCAACAGCUUCUACGGCUAAAAAAGAAGCUAAAGCUAAAGCUCCUGCAGAUCCUAUUGCAACAAAAAAUCUUAUACGUUUAUUAAAUAUUCUUGCAUUAUUAUUAGCAAUAACAGCAUUUAUUCUUCAACUUUUUGCUGUUAUAACUCAUCAUUGGAAAUGGCAAACAACAAAUCUUCAUUCAAUAUAUACACCAGCGGAUCGUGCUGCUCAAUAUAAUGUCUAUGAUGAUAGUCGACUUGAACAACGUUAUGGUUUAUUUUCACGUGAUGUUAAAAUUUAUGCUAAUAAUGAUGAACAACUUAGUGUUCUUGCAAGUACACGUUUUCCAAGAUUAGAUGAUGGUGGUAUCGAUUUACCUAGAUGUUUAUCACAAACAUCUCUUCGAGGUUCAUUACUUACAUGUGCUGAUCGUAUUGUCUCACAAGAACACUGUCAUUGUCGACGUUAUCCACAUUGGAAUGCAAUAAUUUUUUUUGAAAUUACUGCAUUAAUAUUACUUGGUCUUGUUGUUUUGGUUUGUGCUUUACUUUCAACACAUCUUCAUGGUUUACUUAAAUUAAUUGGUGUUGCUUUAUCAUUUCUUGCUUUUCUAUUUUUAUUAAUUGGUCUAAUUCUACUUCUUAGUUAUCUUAAACGUGAAACACGUACAAUUGUUGAUACAUAUCCUUAUGUUUAUUCACGACUUGCUAGUCCAAUUACUCGAGUUCAUCAUGCAACACAACAUAAAAUUCUUCGCCGUCAAGCACAUGAAACUUAUCGAGCAUAUUCUUUAUCACCUGGUCAACGUCCAUAUAAUGAAACACAUUUUUAUCAAUAUUAUCGAAACACAAAUGAAUGGCUUCUAAGACCUUAUACAGAUUUGCAAAAUGUUCCUUAUGAACAACGUUCACAACCUGCUCCUGCUCCACGUACAACAGCUGCACCAGUUUAUUAUAAUCCAUAUAAUCCAACACUAAAUGUUGAUCAAGUUUUUGAAAAUACGCGUGCUUGUAUUGGUUGGUCAACUGUAUUAUCAAUCCUUGCUAUGAUUCUUGCAUUACUUGUACCAUUGAUUCUUGUUUUUUCAUGGCUUACAGCUAAAAAAUUAGGACCAGAAGUAAAAGUCGUAACAACAACUGUUAAAACUGAAUAUACAGCAGUACCACAAGAAGUUACUGUUGAAACAGUACCUUUAACAAGACCAGUUGUUACUGAAGAAAUUCGACGUGGACCUUAUGAUAACUAUGGUGGACGACCAGAACAAGUUGUUAUACAGGAUGUUGUUAUUCGUGAUGAACACCCAAUAGCAACACAAACAUAUCGUACAUAA